UUAGUGUCACUUCCAUUCCAGCACCGGAAUAAGAGGAGACGCUGAGAUUGUGCUCUAACCACCCUGGGCAUUAUAAGUUUAUGGCCCAAGAGGCGCGUGCUAGUGUGUUUCAUAUCACGUUGGAUGCCUCUGAACAAUAACUUAAACCAAUUUAUGGGGAGUCAGUGCGUUUAUGAAAGCUUUCCAUGGGAUCCACUGAUUGAAACGCGUUUAGUUUGGUUCUGCAGUCAGACACUCUUGAGGUGACGCAUACACCCAUAUAUAGGCGACCACUCUUACACUGAGAGAAAGGCGACAUCUCGAACAACAGCAAAUAAAAUAUGUAAUUCCAGAAAUCAGAAUCAUAUCAGGAGUUUAUCUGGCAUAAAGACGUCUGGCUGAGGGUUAACUUCGCGCGCAUUAGUAAUGCAUGAGUAGUGGGAGGGGGCUGACCGCGCACGAUGCCCCCCAAUAGACUCUCGAGACAUUGUCAUGGAAAGAGACCACCGCCUCGUUAUUGUCUCGCGGACUGCCAAGUUUAUUAUAAACACUGCGCGCGCUGGCCGGUGCGCUGUCAUACUGAGUGCAAGGCGAGGUGGUCCGGAAGAGAGCGAGAGCGAAACUGACGUGGAUGGAAGAGGAAGAUACUGAUACUGAGAGAGAAAAGAAAGAGAUUUCAGGAAUAUUACUUUCAAGGAAGAGAGAGAGACGUGAAGAAAGACAUAUAUAUGGUAAAAUAACAUCCUGCUUUGACUGAAAACAAGAAAACCACAUUGAGAGCGGGACUGAACUCGGGGACCUAAAGCUGGUCGUUGGAGAAAUUUGAAAACCGGAAUUCAUUCUGUGGUGUUUUUUUUCAGCUUUAACCGUUUUAAUUCCUCUCGAAUCCCGAGAAGUACAUUUCAUCCAGCGCUCGCCCCAGAGUUGUCGUCCUCGCGCCUCCAUGUAUAAAAUGGAUUACUCCUACCUGAACUCAUAUGACUCGUGCAUGGCGGCCAUGGAGGCAUCGGCCUACGCGGACUUCAGCUCGUGCAGUCAGGCCAGCUCGUUCCAGUACAACCCGAUCCGGACCGGGUUCGGUGCCAACCCGGGAUGCGCACCCCUGAGCACCGCUAGCUGCACCCUGGGGUCCCUUCGGGAGCACCAGCCCACACCCUACUCCACAGUUCCAUAUAAGUUCUUCUCGGACCCAUCCGGUUUAAACGAGAAGCGGAAACAGCGGCGCAUAAGGACCACCUUCACGAGCUCACAGCUGAAGGAGCUGGAGCGCGUGUUCGCGGAGACCCACUACCCCGACAUCUACACGCGCGAGGAGCUUGCGCUCAAGAUCGACCUUACUGAGGCGCGGGUACAGGUGUGGUUCCAGAACCGGCGGGCUAAGUUCCGUAAGGUGGAGCGUGCAGCCAACUCUAAGUCCAGUAAUGGGACCGGGGGCCCAGGAGGGAAUAAUGGCAAUGCUGGGGGGAAAAAGGGCGAGCCCAGAUCUUCCUCAGAUGAUGACGAAUCAAAAGAAUCCACCUGCAGUCCCACCCCUGACAGCACCGCCUCGCUGCCCGGCUCAGCCAAUGGGAACAUGGGUAGCCCUGCCAGCCUCAGCCCCAGCCCCGCCCCUGCUAAUGGUGGCUACACCAACACCUCCAGCUCCCCCGUUCUGCAGGGGCUCAAACCCCCUGGCUGGCCCAGCCUAGGCCCCGCCCACCCAGGAAUGGCCCAACCCGCAGCCCAGGCUCCAGAGCUGCUGAAGGCGUGGCAGCCUGCAGACAGUAUGACAGGGCCUUUCGCUGGCGUGCUCUCCUCCUUCCACCGGAAACCCAAUGCUCUCAAGACUAACCUGUACUAGAGACAAGGAGCAGAGAUCUCUAGUAUAACUGCUGUAUAUCUAUACAGACUAACCUGUACUAGAGACAAGGAGCAGAGAUUUCUAGUAUAACUGCUGUAUAUCUAUACAGACUAACCUGUACUAGAGACAAGGAGCAGAGAUCUCUAGUAUAACUGCUGUAUAUCUAUACAGACUAACCUGUACUAGAGACAAGGAGCAGAGAUUUCUAGUAUAACUGCUGUAUAUCUAUACAGACUAACCUGUACUAGAGACAAGGAGCAGAGAUCUCUAGUAUAACUACUGUAUAUCUAUAUUCUCCUUCCCCCUCUAUCUACUGCGCCCCGGAGCGGGACUACCCAUUUCAUUUAUUACUACCCGGACUCUCUAAGUGGCAGUUGUAGUUUGUGAAUAUGUGUUUGUGUUGAAGUGUGUGUAACAUGCAUCUCAUACGGGGUGUGUGAGUGUGUGUAACAUGCAUCUCAUACGGGGUGUGUGUGUGUGUCAGUUGUUCUGUAUGUUCUCACUCCAACAAAGCUACACCCCCCCCCCCCACACACACACACACACACUAUACACAGUCCAAAAGGUAUUGGCAGACAUUGUGCACUUAGCAACACUAGCUCCUAGCCCCUGUACCCCUGAUUAGUAACACUAGCUCCUAGUCCCUGUACCCCUGAUUAGUAACACUAGCUCCUAGUCCCUGAUUAGCAACACUAGCUCCUAGCCCCUGAUUAGCAACACUAGCUCCUAGUCCCUGUACCCCUGAUUAGCAACACUAGCUCCUAGCCCCUGAUUAGCAACACUAGCUCCUAGUCCCUGUACCCCUGAUUAGCAACACUAGCUCCUAGUCCCUGUACCCCUGAUUAGCAACACUAGCUCCUAGUCCCUGUACCCCUGAUUAGUAACACUAGCUCCUAGCCCCUGAUUAGUAACACUAGCUCCUAGUCCCUGUACCCCUGAUUAGCAACACUAGCUCCUAGUCCCUGUACCCCUGAUUAUCAACACUAGCUCCUAGUCCCUGUACCCCUGAUUAGUAACACUAGCUCCUAGUCCCUGAUUAGUAACACUAGCUCCUAGCCCCUGAUUAGCAACACUAGCUCCUAGUCCCUGUACCCCUGAUUGGCAACACUAGCUCCUAGUCCCUGUACCCCUGAUUAGCAACACUAGCUCCUAGUCCCUGUACCCCUGAUUAGUAACACUAGCUCCUAGCCCCUGAUUAGUAACACUAGCUCCUAGCCCCUGUACCCCUGAUUAGCAACACUAGCUCCUAGUCCCUGUACCCCUGAUUAGUAACACUAGCUCCUAGCCCCUGUACCCCUGAUUAGCAACACUAGCUCCUAGUCCCUGUACCCCUGAUUAGUAACACUAGCUCCUAGCCCAAGGGUGGGCAAACUUUUUGGCUCGAGGGCCACAUCGGGAUUUUGAAAUUCAACAGAGGGACGCAUUUUUUGGGGGGACCAAUUGUUUGUUAAAAUCGAUUUGCUGGGGUCUCAUGAGUGGUGCAGUGGUCUAAGGCUUGAGGCGUAACUACAGAGCCGGGUUCGAUCCCAGGCUGUGUCACAGCUGGCAGUGACUGGGAGACCCAUGAGGCGGCGCGCGUCGUCCGGGUUGGGGGAGGGGUUUGGCAGGCCGAGAUUUCCUUGUUCCAUCGCACUCUAGCGACUCCUGUGGCGGGCCGGGUACAUGCACGCUGACACAGUCAGAGCCAGGUGUACGGUGUUUCUUCCGACACAUUGGUGCGGCUGGCUUCCGGGUUAAGCAGGCACUGUGUCAAGAAGCAGUACGGCAGGGUCGUGUAUCGGAGGACACACGGCUCCUAGCCCCUGUACCUCCUGAUUAGUAUGUUAACCAGGCAGGGUGAAGGUAAACAGUCAGUCUCCCAGGGGAGAAUCAGGGGGACAAAACCCUCUUAACAGCAAGCACAACUUUCUUUAUAUCCCCCACAUCCCCUCUGUACUGGAGAGGGGACCCCCACAUCCCCUCUGUACUGGAGAGGGGACCCCCAAAUCCCUCUGUACUGGAGAGGGGACCCCCAAAUCCCUCUGUACUGGAGAGGGGACCCCCAAAUCCCUCUGUACUGGAGAGGGGACCCCCAAAUCCCCCUGUACUGGAGAGGGGACCCCCAAAUCCCUCUGUACUGGAGAGGGGACCCCCAAAUCCCCCUGUACUGGAGAGGGGACCCCCAAAUCCCCCUGUACUGGAGAGGGGACCCCCAAAUCCCUCUGUAAUGGAGAGGGGACACCCAAAUACAACUAUCCCCCUGAAGGCCAGACCAGAUUCCCUCUCACAUCCUCACCACACCCCUGCCAGUGAACCCCGACACAACUCCUACUCUCAGACAACCCCCCAACCCUCCCCCAUGACCCCCAUUCCCACCAGACUACCAGCUCAAACAUCUCAUAGCAAUGUUCCCAACCUGACUGACUCGCUGGCUGGCUGACUGUCUUAGCUGACUGACUCGCUGACCGACUAGCUGACUGACUGGCUGGCCGACUAGCUGACUGACUGGCUGGCUGACUGGCUGGCCGACUAGCUGGCUGACUGGCUGGUUGACUAGGUUGACUAGCUGACUGACUGACUGACUGGCCGACUAGCUGACUGACUGGCUGGCCGACUAGCUGACUGACUGACUGGCCGACUAGCUGACUGACUGACUGGCCGACUAGCUGACUGACUGACUGGCUGGCCGACUAGCUGACUGACUGGCCGACUAGCUGACUGACUCGCUGACCGACUAGCUGACUGACUGGCUGGCCGACUAGCUGACUGACUGGCUGGCUGACUGGCUGGCCGACUAGCUGGCUGACUGGCUGGUUGACUAGGUUGACUAGCUGACUGACUGACUGACUGGCCGACUAGCUGACUGACUGGCUGGCCGACUAGCUGACUGACUGACUGGCCGACUAGCUGACUGACUGACUGGCCGACUAGCUGACUGACUGACUGGCUGGCCGACUAGCUGACUGACUGGCUGGCUGGCUGGCCGACUAGCUGACUGACUGGCUGGCUGGCUGGCCGACUAGCUGACUGACUGGCUGGCUGGCUGGCCGACUAGCUGACUGACUGGCUGGCUGGCUGGCCGACUAGCUGACUGACUGGCUGGCCGACUAGCUGACUGACUGACUGGCCGACUAGCUGACUGACUGACUGGCCGACUAGCUGACUGACUGACUGGCUGGCCGACUAGCUGACUGACUGGCCGACUAGCUGACUGACUGGCUGGCUGGCUGGCCGACUAGCUGACUGACUGGCUGGCUGGCUGGCUGACUAGCUGACUGACUGGCUGGCCGACUAGCUGACUGACUGGCUGGCUGGUUGACUGACUGGCUGAAGGGAGGUAGAGGUUUAAGAGUUCUGUUCUGGGAUUCAGGUCAGCAUUGUUGGACAUUCUCUGACUGCAGCUUGAACACUAGUAGACCAGUGGUCGACCGUCAUUACUGCAUAAAACACACGUCACUCUAAUGGUCUGUGACACUACUCCUCCUGUCUCCCUCUCCCCCUGUCUCCCUCUCCCCCUGUCUCCCUCUCCCCCUGUCUCCCUCUCCCCCUGUCUCCCUCUCCUCCUGUCUCCCUCUCCUCCUGUCUCCCUCUCCUCCUGUCUCCCUCUCCCCCUGUCUCCCUCUCCUCCUGUCUCCCUCUCCCCCUGUCUCCCUGUCUCCCUCUCCUCCUGUCUCCCUCUCCUCCUGUCUCCCUCUCCCCCUGUCUCCCUCUCCUCCUGUCUCCCUCUCCCCCUCUCCCUCUCCUCCUGUCUCCCUCUCCUCCCUCUCCUCCUGUCUCCCUCUCCCCCUGUCUCCCUCUCCCCGUCUCCCUCUCCCCCUGUCUCCCUCUCCUCCUGUCUCCCUCUCCUCCUGUCUCCCUCUCCCCCUGUCUCCCUCUCCCCCUGUCUCCCUCUCCCCGUCUCCCUCUCCUCCUGUCUCCCUCUCCCCCUGUCUCCCUCUCCCCCUGUCUCCUUCUCCCCCUGUCUCCCUCUCCCCCUGUCUCCCCCUCCCCCUGUCUCCUUCUCCCCCUGUCUCCCUCUCCCCCUGUCUCCCUCUCCCCCUGUCUCCCUCUCCCCCUGUCUCCCUCUCCCCCUGUCUCCCUCUCCCCCUGUCUCCCUCUCCCCCUGUCUCCCUCUCCUCCUGUCUCCCUCUCCUCCUGUCUCCCUCUCCUCCUGUCUCCCUCUCCCCCUCUGGUACUAUAGAGACGGUAGUCAAGACAACUUUACUGGAAAGCAGUUAUUUAUGGAUGAGAAAAUAAUGGAAUAAUAAUAAAAAUGUUUUUUUGUGACCAAAAACAGUAUGUCUUUUUAAAUGGACAGAUAUCGAAAUGUUGUAAUUGAAAAUGAUUUGUAAAUAGUAAUAUAUUAGUUAUAGUCUAGUGUUUUUUCCACAUUACUCUGAGGAGUUGUUCAUUACAGAGCAUGUCUCAGCUCACUGCCCAUCCUGUCUACAUAAGGGCAAAGGGAAGGCUUAUAGCAACUGUAUGAAGGGUUAUAGCACUACUGUAAUAUUCUGUCAAAUAAAUCUACCCUAUAAAAA